AUGUGGAGUGCUUGUGACGAAGCCCAGAGGUCGUAUCGCUUCCUAUCUUCCAACGACCCCGCACAAAAUGCUCAGGGCGGUGUGAGUGAGGUGGACAAAGACACCCCAUUUGAGCUAGUCGGAGAGGGGGAGGCCAUACAACGACAAACACUUACUGCCCACCAUUCCAUACCAAACUAUUUUCCAACUUUAACCCCACAAACCUUCAAACCAUAA